UUGGAUCCAUAUGUUGGCAUCAACACAAUUUAUUUGAUCUUUCCAUUGAUAGCCACAAUUUCCAGAGAGAUUUCAGGAUCAACUUUGUUUUAAGGAAUUACAGAGAAACUUGAAAGAAAAAGAUGGGAAUUUUGCUUGAAAUAAUAAAAUAAAAAGGCUGUGUGUAAAAAUCUGAACUUUUGAACCGUUCUUCGAAAUUUGGUAUGCAGAGCCUCAAUAAAUUCGUAUGCUCAAAAAUCGGAAGGACCUGUUCAAAGUCCCAAACGAAGACUACACGGAAAGUGUCCUUGGGGUUUCUGAUUCUGAGUCCUGGCGGAGUAACUGGAGUUGAACCCUCCCUCCUUUGCAAAUAUAAAUACGAAAAAUCGGUUUGGUUUAUAACUUAGACCUGUGCGUUUAAAACUUCUUUAGUAUAAAAUGCAGAGGUUAAGAGCCACAGCCAUCAGACUCUCUCCGUAUCAUUUGGGUAAAAAGACCCUUCUGGCUUCUUUAUUUGCAGUCCCUCCACUUUCAAAGAGGCCUCGUCUUUGUGAUAGAUUUCCGUCCUUGAUUAGAAACGUAUCGAUUUCAGUAAGUACUUCAGGCGCGAAGGAAUUUGUCGUGUCUGAAAAUACUGUUCAACAGGAGGAGGUUUUACUAAGUUCAGUUGAUGAUUUACAUGGAGGAGUUAUUGUAAACGUGGAGCAGCCUCUGGAUUCUAUGGUCUUUGCUCCAAUGCUUAAAGCUUCAAUAUCACACUGGACGCAACAGGGGAAGAGGGGUGUUUGGAUCAAAUUGCCGAUCCAACAUGCUAAUCUUGUUGAAGCUGCAGUUAAGGAAGGAUUUAGGUAUCACCACGCUGAACCAGAUUACUUAAUGCUUGUAUAUUGGAUCCCUGAAACUACUGAUAUGCUUCCUGCAAAUGCUUCACAUCGAGUGGGAAUUGGUGCUUUUGUCAUGAACAGUCAAGGAGAGGUGCUUGUAGUUCAGGAGAAAAAUGGGAAAUUCAAAGGAAAAGGUCUGUGGAAAUUUCCCACUGGUGUUGUUGAGGAAGGCGAGGAUAUUUGUACAGCUGCAAUUAGGGAAGUUAAAGAAGAGACAGGGAUUGAGACAGAAUUCGAGGAAGUCUUAGCAUUCAGGCAAAGCCACAAAUCUUUCUUCAGAAAAUCAGAUUUGUUCUUUGUCUGCAUGUUACGACCACGCUCCUUCGACAUCCAGAAGCAGACUUUGGAGAUUGAAGCGGCACAGUGGAUGCCAUUUGAGGACUAUGCAGCCCAGCCUUUUGUUCGAGAAAACGAGAUGUUCAAUUAUGUUGCCAAAAUAUGCAUAGCAAAAUCAGAGAAUGAUGACGUUGCUGGUUUUUCUCCACUGUCUACUACUACGGCUUCUGGCCAAAAAAGCUAUCUGUACUUUUGUAGGGAUCUGAAACACCUGCUGACUUGUGAUAGUCAGCAACGUCAGGAAGGCUGAUCGUUCUUCGUGUAAUGAACA